AUGGCGGCGGCUGCGAACGUGACCAACGCGACCAACGUGACGGCCACGGUAGCGGCGGCCACAGCGGCAGACGAGAACCAGUACUCUGACGACGCCACGUGGAUCCUGACUAGCGCCUUCAUCAUCUUCACCAUGCAGUCAGGUUUUGGAUUAUUAGAAAGCGGGACUGUUUCCCCGAAAAACGAAGUGAACAUCAUGGUAAAGAACGCGUCCGACGUGUUGUACGGAGGACUGGCUUACUGGAUGUUCGGAUACGCGUUUAGUUUCGGUGAGAGUCCCUGGAGUAACGCGUUCUGUGGGCUGGGACAGUUCUUCUACACAUACGCGUUUAGUUUCGGUGAGAGCCCCUGGAGUAACGCGUUCUGUGGGCUGGGACAGUUCUUCGUGGACGCGGAGGAGGCGAAGAUGGGCUGGGUCUUCUCCAAGUUCUUCUUCCAGAUGUCCUUUGCGACCACGGCCACGACAAUCGUCUCAGGUGCGAUGGCGGAGCGGACCAAGCUACAGGCCUACAUGGCGUUCUGUGUUCUCAACACGCUGGUGUUCUGUUUCCCCUCCCACUGGGCCUGGGACAGUAAGGGCUGGUUGAACAAGUUGGGAUACGUAGACGUCGGAGGUGCAGGACCGGUCCACCUGCUAGGGGGCGUGUGUAGCCUGGUGGCAACGCUGAUCCUGGGCCCUCGGCACGGACGCUGGGACCGGGACGAGGCCCCGCCCAUGGGCUCUCCUACCAACGCGCUGCUGGGCAUGUUUAUGCUAUGGUGGGGUUGGCUUGGCUUUAACUGCGGCAGCACGUUCGGCAUUACCGGUGGCAAGUGGAAGCUAGCUGCAAGGUCGGCUGUGUCCACCAUUACCGCGUCCAUGGGCGGAGGGAUCGUGGCGGUCGUUCUCAGUUACGUCACCAAAAACCAGAAGUUUGACAUCUCUUACCUGAUCAAUGGCAUCCUGGGGGCUUUGGUUGGCGUCACAGGAAUCUGUGCCCUAGCGCACCCGUGGGAGGGGCUGGUGAUUGGCGCCGUGGGUUCCUUCCUGUCGUGUGUCGGCACGGAGAUGAUGGUCAAGCUGCGUAUUGAUGAUCCGGUGGGGUGCUUCCCCGUGCAUGGGCUGUGCUCGGUCUGGGCCAUCCUGGCCGUCGGCAUCUUCGGGCACGUGGACGCGCUGGAGGGCAUCAGUAGAUACGACGGGCUCCUCAAGGGAGGCGGGUUCUACCUGUUAGGAGUCCAGGCGUUAGGUGCCGUCACGUUUAUCAGCUGGGCCUGCGCCAUGUCCUUCAUCCUGCUAAAGGGCAUCGACAAAAUCAUCGGGCUGAGGGUGUCUUUGGAAGAGGAACUAAUCGGAGCGGACAUCUGCGAGCAUGGAGUCGGCUCAAUCGACGACAACUCCCCGCCUGAGUUCAACGAAGCUACCGGUAAGGACCUUACCGACUCGGACGACGAUGAUGGGCCUCCAACAACUCUCGCUAGGGGGAGCUCCGACCGCAGCACGAAGCGCCCGCACAGCCUCGGCAAGCGGCUCGGGCUCCGGAGCCUGUCCUUCCGCGGGAGUUUCAGAGAGCGCCCGCCGAGCUUGAUGAGUCUCACGGGCGGACUGAAAGACCAGCCAACCGGCUUCGGAGUCGACCAUCCCCGCCCGGUGUACAACUUCUCACCCGACGUUAAUAGCGGGCGGCUGUACCCGAAGAUUGUUGUAGGAUAGCCCCUUUGGUUGUUCGUAGUGAUUCUCGCUAUUUUAGAUCGGCCUAUGCCAUAUAGCUGACAACUCCACACCAUAUUCGAGCUUUUUAUAACUUUUUUGGUGGCAGACAAAAAGCAAAACGCGCAUUUAAUUAUAAAUGUACAACAGCACAGUGAUUAAUAUCAAAAAUGCUAAAAUAUAAUCCCUAACCAACUACGAAAACAACUUCACGUUCUGGGCAGAACAUGCUCAUACACUUAAGGUAAUGUAGACUGACAUAUAUGGUAAUAUACAUUAAAAAGGUGACGGUCGUAAUAAGGGGCUAAGACAAAUAAAGGUGGAAAUGUCUAUAAUGAUUUGCUAGUGGGAUAUGUCUACUAUCGGCUAACAUGCGUAGAGUAUAGUCCGAGAGGGAAAUGUGCCCCUGUGAUCUAUAGACUGACUCUCCGUACCCAACUAUUCAUCGGACUGUGGCCGAAUUCUUCUAUCAAUACGAAGGUCUGGUGGAGGCUGGCUGGCUCCGUCUUGAGUGAUCCAACGACUUUUGCCUUGUUGCAAAACGUCUUGUGCCUUGUUGCGAAACGACUUGCCUUGUGGCGAAAUGACAUUGGCGAACUGACAUUGUGGCCAAACGACCUGUUACCAUCCAAUAUCACUGCUUGCGUAUAGAUUGUAGCUUGUUCUAGUAAUGACAGCACAUGAAGCUUGCUGUCAAGGCCAGUCGCUUGAAGCGAGGCAUGUAGAACUUUUACCUUGUCCACUAUAGAAGUUUAACUAAACACCACCUCCGAAUCCAAUGUUCAACAUGAUGAUGUAAGUAGGAUACAUUCU